AUGCAUUCAAGUAAUUGCUGCCCAUGUCUCCUUUCUUCAACAGUGCAAAUCCAAGUGGAGGAGAAAGAAGAGGAUACAGAGGAAAGCUCAAGUGAAGAAGAAGAAGAUAAACUACCUAGAAGAGAGAGUUUGAGACCAAAGAGGAAACGGACCAGAGAUGUCAUCAAUGAGGAUGACCCAGAACCGGAGCCAGAGGAUGAAGAAACAAGAAAGGCAAGAGAAAAAGAAAGGCGGAGGAGGCUGCGGAGAGGAGCGGAAGAAGAAGAAGAAAUCGACGAAGAGGAAUUAGAACGGUUAAAAGCACUGCUCGAUGAGAAUAGACAAAUGAUCGCUACUGUCAAAUGUAAACCUUGGAAAAUGGAGAAGAAAAUUGAAGUUCUCAAGGAAGCAAAGAAAUUUGUGAGUGAGAAUGAAGGCGCUCUUGGGAAAGGAAAGGGAAAGAAGUGGUUUGCAUUUAAGAUGAUGAUGGCCAAGAAAUGGGCGAAAUUCCUCCGAGAUUUUGAGAACUUCAAGGCAGCUUGCGUCCCAUGGGAAAACAAAAUCAAGGCAAUUGAAAGUCAGUUUGGUUCCUCAGUUGCCUCGUACUUCCUGUUCCUCAGGUGGAUGUACGGCGUCAACAUGGUUCUCUUUGUGUUGACCUUCAGCCUCAUCAUGUUACCGGAGUACCUCUGGGGUUUACCGUAUGGCAGCUUACCUAGGAAAACAGUCCCAAGAGCUGAAGAAGCAUCUGCUGCCAACUUUGGUGUGUUGUAUGACUUCAAUGGCCUGGCACAGUACUCUGUCCUCUUUUAUGGCUAUUAUGACAAUAAACGCACGAUCGGAUGGCUGAAUUUCCGGCUACCUCUUUCCUACUUCCUGGUGGGGAUUAUGUGCAUUGGAUACAGCUUUCUGGUUGUCCUCAAAGCGAUGACCAAAAAUAUUGGUGACGAUGGCGGUGGCGAUGACAACACUUUCAACUUCAGCUGGAAGGUGUUCUGUAGCUGGGACUAUCUGAUUGGUAACCCCGAAACAGCCGACAACAAGUUUAACUCUAUCACAAUGAACUUUAAGGAAGCCAUCAUAGAAGAGAGAGCCGCCCAGGUGGAGGAGAACAUCCACCUCAUCAGAUUCCUGAGGUUUCUCGCUAACUUCUUCGUGUUCCUAACACUUGGUGCAAGUGGAUACCUCAUCUUUUGGGCUGUGAAGCGAUCCCAGGAGUUUGCCCAGCAAGAUCCUGACACCCUUGGGUGGUGGGAAAAAAAUGAAAUGAACAUGGUUAUGUCCCUCCUGGGGAUGUUCUGUCCCACACUGUUUGACUUAUUUGCUGAACUAGAAGAUUACCAUCCUCUCAUUGCUCUGAAGUGGCUCCUGGGGCGCAUUUUUGCUCUUCUUCUAGGCAACUUGUAUGUAUUCAUUCUCGCCUUGAUGGAUGAGAUUAACAACAAGAUUGAAGAGGAGAAGCUCGUGAAGGCCAAUAUUACCCUGUGGGAAGCCAACAUGAUUAAGGCUUACAAUGAAUCUCUCUCUGGGCUCUCUGGGAACACCACAGGAGCACCCUUUUUCGUUCAUCCUGCAGAUGUCCCUCGAGGUCCCUGCUGGGAAACAAUGGUGGGGCAGGAAUUUGUGCGUCUCACCGUUUCUGACGUCCUGACCACUUAUGUCACAAUCCUCAUUGGCGACUUCCUCAGAGCAUGUUUCGUGAGGUUCUGCAAUUACUGCUGGUGCUGGGACUUAGAAUAUGGAUAUCCUUCAUACACAGAAUUCGACAUCAGUGGCAACGUCCUCGCUCUGAUCUUCAACCAAGGCAUGAUCUGGAUGGGCUCCUUCUUCGCUCCUAGCCUCCCAGGCAUCAACAUCCUCCGUCUCCACACAUCCAUGUAUUUCCAGUGCUGGGCUGUGAUGUGCUGUAAUGUUCCAGAGGCCAGGGUGUUCAAAGCUUCCAGAUCCAACAACUUCUACCUUGGCAUGCUGCUACUCAUCCUCUUCCUGUCCACCAUGCCGGUCCUGUACAUGAUUGUCUCCCUUCCGCCAUCUUUUGAUUGCGGGCCCUUCAGUGGUAAAAACAGGAUGUUUGAAGUCAUCGGUGAGACCCUGGAACAUGACUUCCCAAGCUGGAUGGCGAAGAUCCUGAGGCAGCUUUCUAACCCUGGCCUUGUCAUUGCUGUCAUUCUGGUGAUGGUCCUGACCAUCUAUUAUCUCAAUGCUACUGCCAAGGGCCAGAAAGCAGCAAAUCUGGAUCUCAAAAAGAAGAUGAAACAGCAAGCUUUGGAGAACAAAAUGCGAAACAAGAAAAUGGCAGCGGCUCGAGCAGCUGCAGCUGCUGGUGGCCAGUAA